CUUGACGAUUCACACCUGCCGUAGCAGAAUUAUGCUGAAAUUUUGAACUUCAGGCCACCUUCCACGGGUCCUGGAAUCUGAGCAGGAUCACGUCCAGAACAGAACGUGCAUGAGAAAUUCAUAGCGGCCACCUUCAGGGACGCAACACAGAUGGCAGUAUGAUCACUUCGCGCGCUUCGUCGCCUGCCAUCCUCUCACUUGACAAGCCCAAGACCACAAAGCUAACCAGAAUGAUUCACAGCACCAACCAGGCGGCUCAGCAGAGACUGGAACCAUGCUGGCCUUCCGCCCCCCAGUCGUGCGGUCUGCCGCUGGUGUCCUCGACCGGGCUCUCUUCUCAAAGACAGUCCGACUGGCUGCAGCGGCAGUUGAGGACAAGACAAAGAUUGCAAAGUGGCGCAGGACGCUCGAGAAGGCCAACGAGAUGCUCGUCGUGGACCGCCUCCAGGCAAUCCGGCCACAUCCAGACCCUGCAAUGGCCGCCAAGGGCUCAAAAUGCUUGCUUCUUGAUACCGCGAUCAAGCACGACAACCCAGAGACUUGGGGCCCGUGUCUCAAGGAAGCCGUGAGCCAACAAGAAGUGGGCGUCGUCCCAUUCGACCUCACUCUGCAAUACGACUACUGGAGCUACGAGGACGUAAUGUCCUCGCUUAUCCCUCCGGAGGCCAUUGACGUCCAUGAUGGCAUCCCAGUUGGCUUCAACACAGCUGGACAUGUGGCACAUCUGAAUCUGCGUGAUGCAUAUCUUCCGUACAAGAAGCUUAUUGCAGAGGUACUCGUCGACAAGAACCCAAACAUCCGCACGGUCAUCAACAAGACGGCUGAUGUCGGCAAUGAGUCCGAGUUCCGCACUUUCUCGUACGAAAUCCUGGCUGGCGAUCCAGAUCUCAACGUAGAGGUGCGCGAGAACGAGUGCACAUUCCGCUUCGACUACUCGAAAGUGUACUGGAACAGCAAGCUGCAUCGCGAGCACACUCGCCUCAUCGACAUGUUCCAGCCGGGAGAGGUCGUUUGCGACAUCAUGGCCGGCAUCGGUCCGUUCGCCGUGCCGGCAGGGAAAAAAGGCGUGUUCGUAUGGGCAAAUGACUAUAAUCCGGAAAGCUUCAACUGCCUCGAGGAUGCCAUCAAACGCAACAAGGUGUCACAAUACGUGCGACCAUUCAAUCGUGAUGGCAAAGUUUUCGUCACUGAAGCCGCGGACUCGGUCUUUGCAGCUUUCCAGAACGGCGAAAGUGCGCUGCAUGAGCCCUCGAGGAAGGAUAAACGUGACCGUAGGCGAGAUCUUGCGAACGCGGCCAACCCCAGUGUCACGCCACCAGCGCCGAGGCCCGAGCCGAAGAGCACACCCAUACCAGCCACAAUUUCGCACUUCGUCAUGAACCUCCCCGCUUCAGCUAUCAGCUUCUUGCCCAGUUAUCGAGGGCUGUACGUUGGCAAGGAGGAGCUGUUUGAGCCUCAUACGAGCACCAAGCUGCCCAUGGUCCACGUCCACUGUUUCGCACCGAAACAGGUGGACAGCGACGCACCACUGUGGGAUGUCUGUGAACGUAUCUCAACCGAGCUGGGCGUCCAAAUCCAGCCGGGUGACCCUGAGGUCCCAGGAAGGGCCGCCAUACACAAUGUGCGGACUGUGGCGCCAAAUAAGGACAUGUUCUGCGCCUCUUUCAGACUGCUUCCAGAAGUCGCGUUCGCCUCGCGGUCCUAAGGAGAUCAGAGCUGCAUCGGGAUCUAUAGAUGCCUCGGAUGUCCA